AUGGAUGCUGCAGCUAAGGGUGAUAAGGCCUUGGCCAAAUCCAACUACCGCUUCGCUAUCGAACACUAUACCCACGCCUUGAGCGAGUUACCCCGCGCUCCGGCAUACUACAUCUCGCGAUCGACUGCCUACUCGCGCCUCAAGCCCGAAGAUGGUGGUCCUGACUACCAGGCUGCAUUCAACGAUGCCGAAAUUGCGCUCCAUCUUGCCAAAGAGCGUGGAAACCGCGAACUGAUUCUUUCCGCCCAGAUGCGCCGUGCCGUGUCGCUGUACCAGCUUGAACGAUAUGGAGAUGCAGGAUUUGUUCUUGGGAUCAUCGCGGAUAAAACCAGGAGCGAGACGGUCCCGGCCAAUAAAACGGAGCAGGUACAGGCUGCCAUGGGAGGACCCGGAUCCGGAUGGGGAGGCCACAGAAACAAUUACAGCGCGCAACUGCCGAUUUGGAUGGCCAAACUCCAACAGAAGGACGCAGAAACACCCGAGGACGAUCCGAAGCGCAUUGUAUCCGUUCAUGAGUACCCGUCUUCCAUUUAUGUUCCGACCAGAGGUGAGCUCAACGAUCAGUGGUUGGCCCUCAAGGCUGGCAACGUGGGAAUCGCCGAAGCCUCGCAGCAGGUUGAGCCUCAGUCCAUCGACUAUGAAAAUGCAAAGAAAUGGACACUAUCCCCUGGGGAGGCUAUGUUGGCUUCUUACGCUCGACACUCCAGCGACCGUGCUGCGGCUGAGGCUGCGGCUGCGGCUACUGUCCCGGAGAAGGUUCGCCAUGAGUGGUACCAGUCACAGGACUCUGUGGUUGUGACUCUUUACGUCAAGGGGAUCCCAAAUGACAGUGUCGCUGUCGAUUUGAAAGAAUCCCUUGUCUCUCUGCAAAUCCCCCUCCCAUCUGGUUCUGAGUACGACUUUACCCUCGACCCGCUCUAUGCAGCCAUCAAUCCCGCCGAGUCCAAGGUCUCCGUCAAAAGCACCAAGAUCGAAAUCACUCUGCGAAAGAAGACAGCCAGCCAAAAAUGGAAUGCCCUCGAAGGCUCCGCCACCAACCCCACUGAGAUCACCAGCCGCCCAGUCGCACAGAACGCGCCAGCUACCGCGGGCCCUUCAUACCCCACCUCGUCACGACACGGUACCAAGGAUUGGGACAAGGUCGCAUCUUCGCUCACUGAGAAGAAACCAAACGAGAAGUCAGGGGGCGAUGGAGACGCAGCCGAUGCAUCGGAUGACGAAGGUGGUGAUGCUGUCGACGGAUUCUUCAAGAAGUUGUAUGCCGGUGCUGACCCAGAGACGCGCCGAGCUAUGAUCAAAAGUUACACCGAAAGUCAGGGCACAUCACUGAGCACGAACUGGUCUGAGGUGGCGAAGGGAAAGGUUGAACCUCACCAUGGAUGA